UGUCUGCAUGGACAUCAGCAGGUGGCCAAUAUAGACGGAAAUGGACUAUGUAAUUAGCAGCAGAAGAUGGAGAAGCUGUAGUCUCUCUUCCAGCUCACCAUGGCCUCUGGCUACACCAUGAUGGACCCCAUCUGUCUGGUGGAAAAUCAGAAUAAUCAGCUGACAGUAAACCCAACAGCACUGGAGAUUCUAGGCAAGAUCUCUCAGCCUGUGGUGGUGGUGGCCAUCGCAGGUGUGUAUCGGACAGGAAAAUCCUACCUGAUGAACCGCCUAGCAGGACAGAACCAUGGAUUCUGUCUGGGCUCCACAGUGCGGUCUGAAACCAAGGGCAUCUGGAUGUGGUGUGUACCCCACCCCUCGAAGCCCAACCACACUCUGGUUCUUCUGGACACUGAGGGCCUGGGUGAUGUGGAAAAGGGCGACUCAAAAAAUGACUCGUGGAUCUUUGCCCUGGCCGUGCUUCUGAGCAGCAUGUUUGUCUACAACAGCAUGAGCACCAUCAACCACCAGGCAUUGGAGCAGCUGCACUAUGUGACUGAACUAACAAAGCUAAUCAGGACAAAGUCGUCUCCCAUCUCUGGUGAAGCAGGUGACUCCGCCGAGUUUGCAAGUUUCUUUCCAGACUUUGUUUGGGUUGUCCGGGAUUUCACGCUGGAGCUGGAGUUAGAUGGAUGGACUAUCACUGAAGAUGAUUACCUGGAGAAUGCCUUGAAGUUGGUUCCAGGGGAGGAUCCCAAAAUCCAGCAAGCCAACAUCCCUAGAGAAUAUAUCAGGAAGUUCUUUCCAAAGCGAAAGUGCUUUACCUUUGACCGGCCUACAACUGACAAAAAAUUAUUACACCGUAUGGAUGGGGUGUCAGAAAACCAACUAGAAUUCAGUUUCCAGGAGCAAUCCAAAAAUUUCUGUAACUAUAUCUUCACAGUUGCAAAAACCAAGACUCUUAGAGAGGGAAUCAUUGUCAAUGGAAAGCGGCUGGGGACUCUGGGAAAGGCCUAUGUGGAUGCCAUCAACAGUGGAGCAGUGCCUUGUUUGGAAAAUGCAGUGACAACUCUGGCUGAACAAGAGAACUCAGCAGCCAUGCAGAAGGCAGCUGACCACUACAGUGAGCAGAUGGCCCAGAGAGUGAGCUUCCCCACAGACACUCUGCAGGAGCUGCUGGACCUGCAUGCAGCUUGUGAGAAGGAAGCCCUUGAGAUCUUCAUGGAGUGCUCCAUUAUGGAUGAAAAGCAGGGGUUCCAGGAAAAGCUUAUGGACAUCAUAGAGAAAAAGAAGAAAGAUUUCUUGCUGCAGAAUGAAGAGGCAUCUGGAAAAUAUUGCCAGGCUCAGCUUAUGCAGCUUUCAGAAUCCCUGAUGGAAAGUAUUUCAAGAGGAAUGUUCUCUGUGCCUGAUGGAUACAAGCUCUACUUAGAAGCAAUAGACAAGCUUGAACAGUCCUAUACCCUGGUGCCCAGGAAAGGAGUGAAGGCAAUGGAAGUCCUCCAGAACUUCAAGCAGUCACAGGCUGCAACAAAGGAAUCCAUCCUGCAGGCUGACAAGGCCCUCACUGCUGGGGAGAAGGCUCUAGCAGCUGAACAGGCCAAAAAGGAGGCAGUGGAAAGGAAACAGGAGCUUCUAAUGCAGACACUGAGAGAAACACAGCAAAAAAUGGAGGCUCAAGAGAGAAGCUUCAAGAAAAACAUAGCCCUACUGAAGGAGAAGAUGAAAACAGAAAGAGAAAAUGAAGAGAAAAAAAAACGGGAAGAAAUGGAGGAGUACAUGCAGAGUUUUGAAGAGUCACUGAGGAAAUACCAGGAAAAAGAGACGCAACAUGAGAUUGAAGUGCAACGUAUAAAGGCUGAAUCUGAAGCAACUACAAGAAAAAUAUUGGAGGAAGUACAAAAAAAGACUGAACAGAAGUGGGAAGAGACAGAAAAGAAUUAUCAGGAACAUGUGAAAAGACUUGAGGAGAUGGAGAAGGAAAGGGCAGAGGAAGCAAGGAAUGUAAAACAUAAACUUCAGGUAUUCAAUUCUGUCAUCGCCAUUUUAACUUCAACUGUACAGAAUCAAAAACGUUGCUUAGAAAGUAGAGCAUUAUGUCACUUUUCUAGCCCAAUCACUUGUAGACUCUACAUUCUCUUACUGCUUCUACCUGUUACCAUCUCUGGUUACUAAAGGAUAAUACUUGCAGGAUAAAAUUUCAUGGAAUCCUUUAUUAUUAGAUCACUAAUAAACAAUAAUUGUUCAUUACUAGGCACUAUUCAAUGGCUUUACGGUCAUUCUGUCAUCUAAUUGUUAUAUUAUGUUCUAAGUGCUAUUAUAAUCUUAUUUUUAAAUGAGGAAAUUGUAAUAUCAUGAGAGAUAAGUAUUGUUUCUGAGUCCUGCCUUGUGGAAGAAUAGCUAUUCUGUCUAUCUGACUGAGUGGAGUUCAAGGUAUUUUUGUUUCCUCAGUACCUGGUGUAACUGUAUCUCUGUAGGCACCCUAAUGAAGUAAGACUCUGUGACCAGCUACAGAAUUAACCAUGUAAUUACAUACCCAGGCUGCCUGUAUCUUCUUGUUCUCCAGGCUCUACUGAAUCCAGAUAUCCAUCCAAAAAUACAAUAUGGACUGGCACAGGCCCUGAUCUCUUCAACUUAUUUCUGUUACCUUGCCACCAAGUUUUGGAGAGUUGUAUUAAGUUUCCUGACCAAUCAUCUGCCAUGAUUCUGAAUUAUGUAGUAAACUUCCCAAUGGAAUUCACUCAUCUGUCUCACCUUCUUAGAUAUAUAUUUGAGAAUCCACACCACCUAGAUCAGAGUUGAGGGAAAAAAUGAUUUAUUUUCCAGGAACACUAUGAUGCAUGUGGGUGAAGAAAACCAAGAAUAGGAUCUGGGUCACUAAUAUUUUAGAAACUAUAAGAAAGAACAUUUCUGUAGCUAAAUAAAGCCCAGAAAUAUUAUUGGUUGGCAUAGGAGAAAGUGAUAUGGUAGAAGUUAAGAAAGGCACAUAAUUAAAAAUAAAUUUGAAAAACUCA